AUGCUUUCGCGGGCGUUCAUAAUUACAUUCGUUGUUGCCCUAACCGGUAGCGGAAUUUUCAUAACAAAUGUUUCGUCGGCCGAUAUCCAACACAGCGGCAUUGUAACGGUUACAAAUGAAACACGCUAUUUCAGCCAGCACCCGGAUGUUAAACCAAUUGUCUUCAACAAGGAAUAUUACGCCAAGGGAAAUGUUAUUUUUACAUGCGGCGAACGUAUCGACGGUGAUCAACUACUUCUGACAUUUAUGGAUGAAGACGAGUACACCAGCAACAAAGAUGUUGAAGUAUAUUUACGUUAUCCCGCUAGCGGUUUGAGUCGCUAUUACAUUAGUUACGUAUCCAUCUACACCUAUAUCUCAUCGACACUGGCCGAUGCAUAUUUCGUUGGUGGCGGUAUUCGUCAAUCGUAUGCCGAGAUUCUGAUGGUUGCAAAUAAAACAUCCAAUUUCGGUUAUCAAAUUAAUUUUUAUGGAUUUUAA